AUGCUCCAGGUAGAUGAAUCGAGCAACAUCAAUGGUGCAGGACUUGGCAUUGUCUUAAUAUCACCGGAAGGAGAUCAAAUAGAGCAGGCAGUUAGGUGUGAAUUCAAGGUAACCAACAACGAGGCAGAGUACGAAGCACUCAUUGUUGAGCUGGUCUUAGCAAAAGAGAUCAGAAUCACCCGAAUACAUGUCUACAAUGAUUCUCAGCUUAUUGUAAACCAAAUACAGGGCACUUUUCUUGCCAAAGACACAAAGAUGACGUCCUACCUAGAGUUGGCCAAGUGGCUCUGCAAAGAUUUUGAUGAGUUCCAUAUCACUCAAGUCCCACAAACUGAAAACAUCCAGCCUCAGAGCAACUACGAAUACGAAGCAAAGUACCUCCAAAAUGACGAGUUGCCACCAGACAAGAAUGAAGCUCGACGAACUAAGGCUAAGGCUACAAGAUUUUGCAUUAUAGACGGUAAGCUCAACGAAGAGGUCGAAUAUGUCUUGGCUGAACUUCACGAAGGGGAGUGUGGUAAUCACUCGGGAGCCCGGAGCCUAGUGCAUCGUGCGCUUACCGCUGGGUACUAUUGGCUAACAAUGUGGACGGACUCUGUUAAUCACGUCAAAAAAUAUAACAGAUGUCAACGAUUUGCCAAUGUCUCCCACCUUCCACCAGAAUGGCUCAACCCCAUUCAUUCAACUUGGCCGUUCAUGAAAUGGGGGAUGGAUAUUAUUGGAAAACUUCCUGCUGCUCCAGGACAGCGAGUUUUCAUGCCGGUAGUCACGGACUAUUUCACGAAAUGGAUUGAAGUUGAGGCACUCUCAAAGUUCAUAAGCACUGGGUUUCAAAAUUUCUGUAAAGAGUGGAACAUUAAGCUAAACUUCUCCACUCCACGAUAUCCCCAAGCCAACAGUCAGGUCAAAUCUUCUAAUAAGACUGUCAUGAAGACAAUAAAGAAAAGACUAUCUGAGGCUAAAGGAAAAUGGGAAGACGAGUUUUCUGGUGUCCUUUGGUCCUAUCGCACCAUCGUUCGAACGCCUACUGGUUAA